CAUUAUUUCUACAGAACUCCCAUAAAUUAUCUAAUUGUUAAUCUGGCGAUAUCAGACAUCAUGUACGCGGUGUUCAUGAUACCCAAAAAUAUCAUGACGCUAACUGGUGCCAUCCAUCCAGACGGUAUGAUCGGUCUAUGUUUAUGCAAAUUUGUUACAAAUGGAAACAUUGCAUGGAUUGGAGGAGUGUCUUCGAUAAUCACACUGGUCGCUGUCGCAUUUGAACGAUAUUAUGCUGUUGUUUAUCCCUUCAAUAGCGAAAGAAACGUCACUACACAAAAACUUAGGGUAAGUUAUCAAUAACUGAGUCUACACAUACAUAGUAUUUCAGAAUGAAUGCAAUCCUUCGCUUUGUGGCACUUAUGAGAAGUUUAGUCUUGUGUUUAAUACAGUUGAUAGUACGAUUGACGUUGGGUAUGAGAACUGAUUGACUGUUAUCAAUUCUACACCCUCCUCCCUUUCCCAAACCCCCACACCCUCCCCCUUCCCUCCCCCCACCCCCUCCCCCUUCCCUUCCCCCACACCCUCCCCCCAUCCCCACCCACGCUUCACUCGAGCGGUAUAUACAGGUAAAUAUCGGCAGUGCUCUUUUCGUAUAAGCAAUCUAUCUUCACCCAAUCCGCGAAAAUUUAAUUCAAGACGACAGAAAAAAAAGAGACAUUUCCUUUGGUCGUUAGUAAAUGAUUUAACCCAGCCCUCUACAUACCCUCAAUUAAAUAUUAACAGUUUCAAUCUGCCGGGUUCAUUUCUCUUAUCGAAGUCGAAAUCGAAGGGGUUUCAUUGACCUGGAAACUUUAUUAUAUACUAUUCAAAUCACGUAUUCUCUUAUCACGUGCACCAUUCCUCCUCAGAAUAAACUGAUUUCAAAUCAUUGGUCAAAUAUUUGUAGAGAGGUCAAUAAUGGUUACUGGGCCUUUGUUUCAGGUGAUUAUCCCAUGUGCUUGGCUUUUUUCGACGUUAUUCAUCUCGCCACUCUUUUUCAUAAUUGAGGAAGAAGGACGAUCUUGUGUGCGAAGCUGGCCCAAGAAGUGGAUGUCAAAAGCGUACAACUUCGCAUGGUCCACCUUGGUGUUUGUUUCCUUGUUGGUGAUGAUCGUGCUAUACUCCAGGGUUAUUUACGCAUUGUGCUCCAAUACUAUCGAUGGCAACAAAGCCACCCGCCAACAGCAAGUAAGUAUCACUCCAAUAGGGCCACUAAAGCAUACGAAAAGAUUAUUCACUGUACAACAAUUUUCAAUUGUGUCGGUAGUUAUUUGGAAUUGCUUUACUUCGAAAUGUGAUUGGUCCAGAAAACUAGCGCCGCUUUCUCAAUCAGUCAAUUUCAAAUCAAAAGCAUAGUGACUUGGUCACUCACGUUUCCCGCGCUUUAUGCAGUUUGCUUGCUUUUACUCUGAGCGCUCGUUGGCUCCUCGUGAUGUUUUCCUGGUUUUGAUUGGAUGUUGUGAUUGCUUUAGUUCUGGUUUUAAAGGAUCACUCAAAAAACGUUCUACAUACGUCAUUCCAUAUGGUAUAAAAAAUACACAAUCAUUAAUCAGAUGAAUUGAAGACGAGUAGUGAGCAAUAGAAAUCGGGUUAAACAUUACUCCCAGGAACGACCGAAAAGAAAUAUAUUAGACCCAUGGCAAUGGGUGUAGGACCUACCCACCUUAAAAAUAACACCAAAAUCAACUCACCUAAUAAAAGUACACAAACCUUCGGAAAAGACAUGGGUUAUCAUUUGGUCGAUUAUCUUGGCUAUAAGGCAAAUAUCUGAACCUCUCCACUGAAAGGGUACGUGCAUUUUGCGAUCGAACCAUAACAAUUUGUAACUAAACCUCGGCAGGUGCUAAGGGUAAAACUAUGGAGAUCAAAAGAUGCGCUUUAAUAUAAGAGGGUCUGCAGAGAAAUUUUAGAGCUUAAACUCUCUGGUUAAGUCAUAAUCUGGGAUAGAAUACGCGCCGUAUUUUAAUCGUUUUCAAAAUCCUUCCAUCUUACCGUGGUUGUUGCUAAGGUUUCAAUGGUGAGCCCGCGCAAAUAAGUCAGUGACCUAUAAGCGAACGUCUUUUAGCUCUGUCAUCGCAAACGCAAUGUAAAAACAAAACCAAUGCAAUUCCAGACGCCUCAUCUCUAAAUAACAUUAUUGCCAUGGCGUAAGAGGGCUUGGUAUCUUCUGAUUUGCAGGGUGUGAUGAGAGUUCGUAAGCGGGUCACCUUGAUGGUCAUCAUCGUCAGUGUCAUCUUUGGAAUCUGUUGGGCAACACUACAAGUUUGCUUCACCUUAAUGGAUGUUGCUUCCGUAUCCAUCGGCCCUCUUCCCUUUGACGUAGCUUUCACCAUGGUCCUGUUCAACUCUGCAAUUAAUCCUUUUGUUUAUGCCUUGCUAAACCAGCAGUUCAAGGAGAAGAUGAAGGGCAUGAUCUGUGGCAACCAUUCGUUGUCCAGGAUUCAGCCCUCGAAUGAAAUAGAGGGAAAAGUAAAUACUGACAACACCACUAACACGAGAAAAACAAGCGAAUCCAAAUUCAAAGACUGA